CGCAUUCAACUCCGCUCCGCUCUGCACACAUGGUCGACAGAUCUAUUUGCAGAGCGAGCUGCAGUGAGAAGCUUUGUCCUCCUAGGGGUUUUCGAGCUCGUGUUUUGCUUCGCCCUCCAAAUUCGUUAACGGUGAACAAUGUAGCAGCCGACGACCGCGACGUUUCAUCACCGGGAGGACAUUUAAAACGAACCCCCACCGGGACCGCUCGUUAAAUCUCAUAAUUUAAUUGGAGGUCAUUUAAACCUGAACUCCCCCUUCUCAUUGGGAUCUAGAAAACAGAAUAUUUGAUUCGUGGAUAUUUUUUAUCGAACAAAUCUAACCGUAAUGUAACGGCAUUUUUUAGAGUGGUAAGCGGUCUUUCUAAGAGUGGGGGUCGGUUAUUUUUCGGCUGAGAUGUGAGAGAGUUGUCGUGAUUUCUGCUGCAGUCCCGCUGUUUUAGCCUACAUCGGCUGUAUAUAAGGAACAAUAGCCUCCUAUCUGUGGAUGAACAGGGAGUUUGGUGGUGCCACCGCUAGGUUUCUAAGGAGAAGUGUUCACAUUGCAAAAUGAGACUUGGCUACAUUCACACAUAGUUUGGAGCAGAAUAUGGAUUUUUUUUUCUGUCUUCCUGGCUAAGAGUUGGGAAUGCGGUAAUGGAGAACCGGAAUAAUCCAAUAUAGCCUAACCGCUCGUGGCUGGAAGAAACGAAUAGACCCGUGGGAACGAGGAUGUUGGCGGUCCUGGAAAUUGUAGCCUGCAACACCGUAAAUCAAUCAACGACCGACUGAGUAAACGAAUUAUUGCUGACUUGACCGUGGCGUCGGUCGACGGUAGCCUACCCUAGAACAAACCGUCAAUAACGGAUAAUCGAUAUUUGUAUUGAUGACGGAAUCACAUCGAUGAUAACAACCCACUCGGCGCACUACACUACACGUUCAGAAGAGAAUCAUAGCCUGUGCGUGGGCGUUGUAAGCAGUGUUGUUGACCGAAGAGGACACAUAUUUCGGGCUGACAGAUUGGCAGUGACACCGGCGGGUCUGUGCGUGUGAGAGGAUGGCAGCGGUAGUAAACUACUCUCCCCCAUGGUGGGUCAACCUGCUCCACCGCCUCCCCCACUUCAACCUGCAGUUUGAGACGGUCAGCAGCGACUUCAGACCCGAGGACUCAGAGUACCAGAAGUCGGUGCUGUUGCUAGGCGGACUAGCGUUGGUUUGUCUGGCUCUGGAUCUCCUCUUCCUCCUCUUCUACUCUUUCUGGCUGUGCUGCCGACGACGCAAGACCCACGACGACACACGUUCUCACUCACACACACACCAGCCCCCCAACCCUGACUGCUGUUGUACAGCCUGGUGUGUCAUCAUCGCCACGCUCGUCUGCAGUGCCGGCAUCGCCGUGGGUUUCUAUGGAAAUGGGGAGUCAUGUGAUGGAGCCAACCGCCUGGCGUAUUCUCUACGGCACGCCAACCGCACCGUGGCAGGGGUCGACAAACUGGUGACGGACAGCGCCCUGUCUCUGAACCAGACAGUGGAGGGAGGUCUGGUCCAGUUGGAGACGGUCUACUCUGAACAGACUGACUACGUGUCCAUCGUCCAGAAGCUCCAGGGUCAGCUGGAUGAGCUGGUCAGACUCAUGGUGGACAUCCCCUUCUGGAGUAACUCUGAGAUCUCCCUAGAAGACCUGGCCUUCAAGACUGACGCCUUUGAUUGGUACAGGUGGCUGGUAUACCUGACUCUGCUGCUGUUUGAUGUUCUGAUCUGUCUGCUGGUUCUGUUCGGACUGAUACGCAACUCUAAAGGCACUCUGAUUGGGGUGUGUUUGUUGGGUGUUCUGACUCUCAUCAUCAGCUGGGGGUCUCUGGGACUGGAGCUGGCAGCUGCCGCGACGGCCAGCGACUUCUGUGUUUCCCCGGAUACCUACAUCACCAGGGUAACCAAGGAGAACGCUGUCAUCAACCAAGAUAUCCUGCAGUAUUACCUGAGGUGCAGCAGUGGCCAAUCAAAUCCUUUCCAGCAUAAGCUGUCUGGCAGUCACAAAGCCCUGGUUGAGAUGCAAGAUGACGUGGCAGAACUCCUACAGUCAGCUAUACGGGAUUACCCCAACACCAAGGGGACUCUGGAACAGAUUCAGACUGUGUUGAACUCUACGGAGGUUGGCCUUCAUCAACUCACCGCUCUGGUCGACUGUCGCAGCCUGCACAUGGACUAUGUCCAGGCUCUAACAGGGUUGUGUUAUGAUGGAGUGGAGGGGCUGAUCUACCUGGUGCUGUUCUCCUUCGUCACAGCUCUCAUGUUCUCCUCCAUCGUCUGCAGUGUGCCACACACCUGGCAGAGCAAGAGGACGGAUGAUGAGGAUGGAGAAGACGAGUCUGCUGUCCAAGGCAAUCGGGGGGCGGGUCCUCAUGAUAACCUGUACCGCGUGCACAUGCCCAGCCUCUACAGCUGUGGUAGCAGCUACGGCAGCGAAGCUAGCAUCCCUGCUACGGCCCACACUGUCAGCAAUGCCCCUGUCACUGAGUACAUGACCCAGAACGCAAACUUUCAGACCCCCAGGUGUGAGAACACGCCUCUGAUUGGCAGGGAAUCCCCUCCACCCUCUUACACCUCGAGUAUGAGGGCCAAGUAUCUGGCCACCAGUGGACCGGACCAGAACCGACGGUCAGUCCCCAAUGACCAGUUGGACCCAGCCAGCCGACCACAUCCCCUCGCCAGACCACAGUCAUCUGUCCACUAGAACCUCCCAGAACCUACCAAAACCUACUAGAACCUAUUAUAACCUACCAGAAUCUUCUAGACAGAACUCAUCAACCACAAAAGAACGGGAACAAACCAGGACCAAUUUUUCAUUCCACUAAAGAACCACAACCCACUAGAACCACCAACUCCUUAGAACCUGUUGACACAGUAGUCCACGUAUAGAACCAGAACCACUAAGAAUCACAACCACCUCCUCAGCCCAUAGGAACCACUAAAAUAAUACUUCUCAGAUUCACCUGAACAGACCACAGUGGGUUGAAAACCAGAGCCAACCAACGGACCACCCAGCCCAGCCCAGCUCACCAGAACAGAACCUCAACCAAUCAGCCAACCAACACCAACCUACCUACAGACUCCAGAAGAUCACCAUGAACCUUGUAGAUCUCCCCCCUCCCCCCACCACCACCACCUCAGUUCCAUCUCCCCUACAACCGUCCCACAGUCCCACUCAGCUCUACACCAUCUCAAACUGGAUCCUCCACCUCUUUACCAAGUAUACGGCCCUCUGGUGGUGACUGCCGGAAGGAGCCUGUUUAUUAAGUAUACUGCCCUCUGGUGGUGACUGCCGGUAUGAGCCUGUUUAUUAAGUAUACUGCCCUCUGGUGGUCACUGCCGGUAUGAGCCUGUUUAUUAAGUAUACUGCCCUCUGGUGGGGACUUCCGGUAUGCGCCUGUUUAUUAAGUAUACUGCCCUCUGGUGGUCACUGCCGGUAUGAGCCUGUUUAUUAAGUAUACUGCCCCCUGGUGGUCACUGCCGGUAUGAGCCUGUUUAUUAAGUAUACUGCCCUCUGGUGGUCACUGCAGGUGUGAGCCACACACACAAACAUCCUGUAUAGAACUGUAAAUAGUGAAAUAGUAUGAGUUACAUUCUGGAAGACUCAACUGAAACAUGGUGGUAUUUAGAGUGUGUGUUUCCAAGGACUGAGGCUGUAUCUCAUUCUAGGCGACACACACACACACACACACACGCACACACACACACACACACACACACAGAGAGAGGCCUGUACACGUGUGUGUACCUCUCUCUACUCUACCUGCCUCUGUAAACAACCCUCCUGCCAUCUAAUCUACCAAGCCACUAGGACACAGAAUCUGACUGCAAAACGGCCCCUGCACUCUGCAAAACGGCCCCUGCACUCUGCAAAACGGCCCCUUGCACUAUGCAAAACGGCCCCUUGCACUCUGCAAAACGGCCCCCUGCACUCUGCAAAACGGCCCCCUGCACUCUGCAAAACGGCCCCUUGCACUCUGCAAAACGGCCCCUUGCACUCUGCAAAACGGUCCCCUGCACUCUGCAAAACGCUCCAACAUUCCUGUAACAUCUGGUGUUUUAAACUUCACUGCAAAAGGGCUGUUGUGCAGACAGACCAUGUGGCCUGAAGCUGAAUCAGAAAGCCAUGUUGUGGAGUAACCACUCUCUGUAGAUAGAUUUAGCCACCACUGUACAGCGGUGACGUGUUAGCAUUUAGCCUGUGUUAAGAGCCACGUUAACUAACUACAUGUAUGACUACAACUUGAAAUCGUGAGCUCUCUCUUGAGUGUGUUCAUGUGUUCUGUGUGUGUUUGCGUGCGUCUAACGCACAUGUAAAUAUGAGUCCAGGACCAAACGGAACAUGGUGGAAUUCCAAACAUUCUGAAAUCAGAUUCCGAUUCCAGAUUCCCAGAGGAAGAGUUUGCGUUCCCAAACUAACUCUGGGACUCAAUGAAAAGACGAAAGGAUAUGGGAGAGCUCACCUGUGGGCUCAUAACUCUGUAUAAUUAGGGGUGUGACAUCUCCUUAACUGAAAGACAUGUGAGAGCUCACCUGUAGGCUCAUAACUCUGUAUAAUGAGGGAUGUGAACUCUCCUAAACUGAAGGACAUGGGAGAGCUCACCUGUGGGUUAACAACUCUGUAUAAUGAGGGAUGUGAACUCUCCUAAACUGAAGGAUAUGGGAGAGCUCACCUGUGGGUUAACAACUCUGUAUAAUGAGGGAUGUGAACUCUCCUAAACUGAAGGACAUGGGAGAGCUCACCUGUGGGUUAACAACUCUGUAUAAUGAGGGAUGUGAACUCUCCUAAACUGAAGGACAUGGGAGAGCUCACCUGUGGGUUAACAACUCUGUAUAAUGAGGGAUGCUGAACUCUCCUAAACUGAAGGACAUGGGGGAGCUCACCUCUGGGUUAACAACUCUGUAUAAUGAGGGAUGUGAACUCUCCUAAACUGAAAGACAUGGGAGAGCUCACCUGUGGGUUAACAACUCUGUAAAUGAGGGAUGUGAACUCUCCUAAACUGAAGGACAUGGGAGAGCUCACCUGUGGGUUAACAACUCUGUAUAAUGAGGGAUGUGAACUCUCCUAAACUGAAGGACAUGGGAGAGCUCACCUGUGGGCUCAUAACUCUGUAUAAUGAGGGAUGCUGAACUCUCCUAAACUGAAGGACAUGGGAGAGCUCACCUGUGGGUUAACAACUCUGUAUAAUGAGGGAUGUGAACUCUCCUAAACUAAAGGACAUGGGAGAGCUCACCUGUGCCAAAAUAACUGAAUAAUGAGGGAUGUGAACUCUCCUAAACUGAAGGACAUGGGAGAGCUCACCUGUGGGUUAAUAACUCUGUAUAAUGAGGGAUGUGAACUCUCCUAAACUGAAGGACAUGUGAGAGCUCACCUGUGGGUUAACAACUGUAUAAUGAGGGAUGUGAACUCUCCUAAACUGAAGGACAUGGGAGAGCUCACCUGUGGGUUAACAACUCUGUAUAAUGAGGGAUGUGAACUCUCCUAAACUGAAGGACAUGGGAGAGCUCAUCUGUGGGUUAACAACUCUGUAUAAUGAGGGAUGUGAACUCUCCUAAACUGAAAGACAUGGGAGAGCUCACCUGUGAGUUAACAACUCUGUAUAAUGAGGGGUAUGAACUCUCCUAAACUGAAGGACAUGGGAGAGCUCACCUGUGGGUUAACAACUCUGUAUAAUGAGGGAUGUGAACUCUCCUAAACUGAAGGACAUGGGAGAGCUCACCUGUGGGCUCAUAACUCUGUAUAAUGAGGGAUGCUGAACUCUCCUAAACUGAAGGACAUGGGAGAGCUCACCUGUGGGUUAACAACUCUGUAUAAUGAGGGAUGUGAACUCUCCUAAACUGAAAGACAUGGGAGAGCUCACCUGUGAGGUAACAACUCUGUAUAAUGAGGGGUAUGAACUCUCCUAAACUGAAAGACAUGGGAGAGCUCACCUGUGGGUUAACAACUCUGUAAAUGAGGGAUGUGAACUCUCCUAAACUGAAGGACAUGGGAGAGCUCACCUGUGGGUUAACAACUCUGUAUAAUGAGGGAUGUGAACUCUCCUAAACUGAAGGACAUGGGAGAGCUCACCUGUGGGCUCAUAACUCUGUAUAAUGAGGGAUGCUGAACUCUCCUAAACUGAAGGACAUGGGAGAGCUCACCUGUGGGUUAACAACUCUGUAUAAUGAGGGAUGUGAACUCUCCUAAACUAAAGGACAUGGGAGAGCUCACCUGUGCCAAAAUAACUGAAUAAUGAGGGAUGUGAACUCUCCUAAACUGAAGGACAUGGGAGAGCUCACCUGUGGGUUAAUAACUCUGUAUAAUGAGGGAUGUGAACUCUCCUAAACUGAAGGACAUGGGAGAGCUCACCUGUGGGUUAACAACUGUAUAAUGAGGGAUGUGAACUCUCCUAAACUGAAGGACAUGGGAGAGCUCACCUGUGGGUUAACAACUCUGUAUAAUGAGGGAUGUGAACUCUCCUAAACUGAAGGACAUGGGAGAGCUCAUCUGUGGGUUAACAACUCUGUAUAAUGAGGGAUGUGAACUCUCCUAAACUGAAAGACAUGGGAGAGCUCACCUGUGAGUUAACAACUCUGUAUAAUGAGGGGUAUGAACUCUCCUAAACUGAAGGACAUGGGAGAGCUCACCUGUGGGUUAACAACUCUGUAUAAUGAGGGAUGUGAACUCUCCUAAACUGAAGGACAUGGGAGAGCUUACCUGUGGGCUCAUAACUCUGUAUAAUGAGGGAUGCUGAACUCUCCUAAACUGAAGGACAUGGGAGAGCUCACCUGUGGGUUAACAACUCUGUAUAAUGAGGGAUGUGAACUCUCCUAAACUGAAAGACAUGGGAGAGCUCACCUGUGAGUUAACAACUCUGUAUAAUGAGGGGUAUGAACUCUCCUAAACUGAAGGACAUGGGAGAGCUCACCAGUGGGUUAACAACUCUGUAAAUGAGGGAUGUGAACUCUCCUAAACUGAAGGACAUGGGAGAGCUUACCUGUGGGCUCAUAACUCUGUAUAAUGAGGGAUGCUGAACUCUCCUAAACUGAAGGACAUGGGAGAGCUCACCUGUGGGUUAACAACUCUGUAUAAUGAGGGAUGUGACCUCUCCUAAACUGAAGGACAUGGGAGAGCUCACCUGUGGGUUAACAACUCUGUAUAAUGAGGGAUGUGAACUCUCCUAAACUGAAGGACAUGGGAGAGCUCACCUGUGGGUUAACAACUCUGUAUAAUGAGGGAUGUGAACUCUCCUAAACUGAAGGACAUGGGAGAGCUCACCUGUGCCAAAAUAACUGAAUAAUGAGGGAUGCUGAACUCUCUUUAUCCCGUCAUCCCUUUUUUUAGUUCCUUAAUUCUCAAAAAGGAAAAUAAAUCCUGGAUAAUGUUGGAUCAUACGGUGAAAGACAGAGAAAGACUCUUAAAAUAAAAUGUUUUUAAUUUAGUUUAAAAUAAAAUGUGUUUUUAAUUUAGUUUAAAAAAAUGUAACUUGAUAAUGAAGAAUUGGGGUGCUGUGACCAACUUUCUCUUUACAUAAAUAAACGUUUACUUCAUUUUUUAUUAUUUCAUCAAACAGGGAUCUUCUUUAACGACCUGACUAAAGGUCACGAUGAGGUUAGAGGUCACAACCUUUCUCAAAACAGGAAGUUUUUUCUUCUUCUUCUUCUUCUUCUUCUUCUCAGAAGCACAAACGAUCUUCGCGGUAACUAUGGGAGACGGAAAAGAAGAACACCCACACGUUGACGUAACGUGUGUGCGUUGUGGGAACGCUUAGAGCCUCGUGGAACAUGCCUGAUCUCGCGACUUGUUCCGUUUCACGGUGAAGUGAAAGGAAACCUCUCCUUAACCUAGGUUAGGGGCCAACCAUAGAGUAAGAUAGAGUACCUAGUAAAGUAUCUAACUCUAUGGGGCUGCCAGUAGUUUAUCUCUAGGGGCCAACCAUAGUUAGACAGAGGACUCUCUAAAGACCCUCUUACCUUACUAGGUACUCUAUCUAACUCUAUGGGGCUGCCAGUAGUUUAUCUCUAGGGGCCGGCCAUAGAGUAAGAUAGAGGACUUUAAAGUUCACUCUUACUUUACUAGGUACUCUAUCUAGCUCUAUGAGGCUGCCAGUAGUUUAUCUCUAGGGGCCGACCAUAGAGUAAAAUAGAGGACUUUAAAGUUCACUCUUACUUUACUAGGCACUCUAUCUAACUCUAUGGGUCUGCCAGUCGUUCUCUCUCUCUUCUAUGUGCCGUGAAGUGUAUGAUGAUAAUAGUCUAGCUGUAAUCUCUCUCAUCACUCUUGUGUGUGAUGGCUCGUCCAGUGUAGUCUUGGUAUUGCUCUCUUCUCUCCCGUGUGUGCUGUCUGUCUGUACGUACAGUACAGUGGUCUGUGUGUGCUGUCUGUCUGUACGUACAGUACAGUGGUCUGUGUGUGCUGUCUGUCUGUACAGUACAGUACAGUGGUCUGUGUUGCCAGCAAAUUAAGGGUCGUUAUUAUUAUCCAAUCUUCAUCUAAGAAACACACACUAACGUUCAUUGCAGACCCGCACAUUGUAGACACAGACAGUAUUCUUUAUAUCUAGCCAUAGUCCUGUGAACUGUCUCACACACACCAUAGAACUACAGUACCCAUAACACCCUCACUCCUGUAAAUUUGACACUGGUUCGCAUUUGCAUCAUGGGAAAUGUAGUGUAUUAACUAGAGGGAUUUCCAGUUAAUGGGAGAAAGAGUCCAUAGGAAUGAUCGUUCAAACGAUCUUGAUUAACUCGCUUCGGGUAGAAGUUGCCUUUAACCACAGAUCUAGGAUCAAUUUACUCUCCCAUUAUCCUAAUCUUAACCAUUAGGCGGAACACACACAAAAAAAAUUAUUAGAUCAGUGUCUAGGAAGCAACUUCAUCCUACUCUGACAAGCUCAGUGUGUGUGUGUGUGUGUGUGUGUAUAUAAUUUACUGUGAAUGAAAGACCAGCGAGACAAUCGUAACUGGCGUGAUUCCACUCGUUCUUAAUGUUCUGUUUAUCACGUCACCAUGACAACGCUACCUAUACUACGGCGUUUUGCACGACGGGAGAGGACCGAAAAAAAUAAAUAUAUAUAUAUAUACUGUUGGAAACUAAAGAUACCAAUGGCCUUUUCUUAAACUUGUAACAAUCUAACAACUCUUCAUAUCACACGUUUUAAUUUGUCUGUCUUCUAAAAAAAAAAAAUGAAUCAUAAAAAAACAAACUAUAGCUAGCUCUUUUUGUAGGGUAAUAAUAAUAAUUAUUAUUAUGGUAAGAGCACCAUUUGUUUUCUGUUUUUCUUUAUAAUAAUGCUGAAUGACUGUCUUGAAUUGCAUUUUUAUUUUUUAUAAAACCGUACUGUAGACUUGUUAAAUUUUUUUGAUGGUUGUUUUUAUGUACCUGGCUACAACAACGGUUUACUAAGAUGAUAAUACUGUCUGUUCUCAACUGUGGUGGUGACAUUAUUGAGCCUGGAAUCCAUGUUUUAAAAACAGAAUUAAAACAACUUUAACUGACUCAGAA